UUUGCCAGCGCGCAAACACAUUGCGAACGUGACCUAGACCACAGAAACUUAGAACUAGAGUGUGGAGCAGUUUUAUGUUCCUCAAAAAAACAAUAUAAUCUCCAAAAAUGAAAAAGGUUCGAUAUCUUGAUCGGAAGUUAGUGCGGAACAUUCUCCGCCACACCGAGACUCAUAACCGUCUUCAGGAGGAAGAUGGAAUGUGGCAAAAUAGAAGACAAGAGUCUUCAAGACGCAGGACUGGGGGUCGUCCUCCUCCUCAACGACAGAGAGAUCGUCCAAGGCAGAUGGGUGGAAGACUUGCUAUAAAUCCUAGAUUCAGACGACGACAGGAAGAGGAUAUGAUGAAGAGGAGAAUCCGAGGUAUCAACUCUGGCGCUCGAGGGGACUCCAGGGAACACAGACCGAUGGAGAGAGAACAGAAUAGAAAUAUCUACAGAGCAGAACUUGGAAAUCAAGAAAAGUGGGGCCAUACAGGUUUCAUGGAGUUAUAUCCAGAGGAUUUCAUCAAUAAAGAUUCUAUGGAUGAGAUGAGUAACGGAGAAGAGAAUGCAAGAGAGAUAAAGAAGAGGUUGAAGAAGAAAAGAACAAGCGUCAGUGACAAAGAGCAGACGCCACGUAAGAAGAGGAAAUCAGGCGAGACCUCCUCCUCCUCCAGCUCCCAUUCAUCUUCAGAUUCUUCAGACUCUGACUCGUCCUCCUCUAGCAGUUCAUCAAACUCUUCCCCCGAGCCAAAGCAAAAAUCUUCCCCACAAAGACGAGCGAAACAUCACUCAGCAAAAGCAGAGUCAAAACUAAAAAAGGACCACAGAAGGGCGCCCUCUAUUGACAGGAAGGACCAUAGAAGGAAGCCCUCUAUUGACAGGAAGGACCAUAGAAGGAAGCCCUCUAUUGACAGGAAGGACCAUAGAAGGAUGCCCUCUAUUGACAGGAAGGACCAUAGAAGGACGUCCUCUAUUGACAGGACAGUAGUGAGAGAAGGGUUGAAGCGUCAUAGAAGACUGCCCUCUGGAGACAAGGAAGUGUCAGGUUCGAGGAGGAGGAAUGGCACGGCGGAUGAGAGAGAGACUGAGAUAAAACAGAGACGAGAUAAAGAUCAUGAGAAACAAAAAGCCAUCAAGAAAGAGGAGCGAAGGAGGAAAAAUGAUAAGCAUCUGGCUUUAGACGGCAAGAAGGAGCGACACAAGUCGGAAAAACAUCGGCCGAAGGAGAUGAGAGACCAGGAGAACGGGAUCAAGGCAAAAAAUAAGGAACAUAAUCAUGAUUCGAAAAAGAGAAAAGACUUCAAACAUGAGCGUCUGGAAGUAAAUGACCGAGAUCUUGAAAAGAGAAAAAAAUCCAAGAAGCAGAAAGAUUCAUCAUCAAUCAGGGAUAGGACUCGUGAUUCCGGAUCGAAAUCAAACAAAAGACUCCACUCUGAGAAAAAAGAAAAGACGUCUGAGGAGGACAAAGAGCAGCGCCGUCACAAACACCGCAAGUCUUCAGAAAAGGAGAGGAAGGAACACCAUAGAAACAGGAAGGAAGACGGGCAUGGGAGGAGGAAGUGAGGGAUGUUUGUGGAGUGAUUCGGUGUCCUUCUGUGAAUUCCCUGUGGAUGUGGCGAAAGGGAAAGAACAAGUUGGAGAUAUACUAAUUUUGCUUUACCCAUAUAUACAUGUACACCGAUGUGUGUUAGCACUGUAUAACCAAUACUUUACUGACCUCCGAGAAGAAAAAUCAAAGGCAAACUACUUGGUUGGGAUUCAAACCCCAAACCUUUGCAACUCCAGAGCAGUGUCUCACCAACUAGACUUUUUUUCUCAGAGCUUGAGAAAGUAGUGUACACUGCUAACACAUGUGUAUUGUAUGGGUAAAACCAAAAUUAGUGUUCUUUAUCUCCGAUGCAAAUUUCCAUCUAUCUACAUAUUAGAGAUAGAGAUAGUAUAGAAAGAAAGACUCGAUGGGAUGAAGUGAGCACUCUUCCUGAUCAAUUUUUUUAUUUUUAUGGACCAUUAGAAAAAGACGAAAGACUGAUGUCAAAAACAAAAGUUUAUUUUGUAUAAUUUGAAAGCUGCUUGGCUUUAAAUUCUAUCUAUAUGUUUUUAUUAAAAGUACUAUGUUUUUUUUUACUGUUCGCAAAGAUAGUCCAAAAUUUGAGGAAAAACGUGUGACAAUUUGUGCGGUCAGGUUGGUGUCUUUCCUCGCCUUCCACCUGUAGGACCCCGGUUCUAGUCCAACCGGGGCCAGCAGGCCUGUAAGCUUUGUUUUUCAAAGGGCAAAGGCACCAAGGCUUUUUCUCCUUGGUAAAGGGCAAUCUAUGAGGAAAUUGUAAAUUUCUA